GUGGAAACUUGAGGCAAAGGACGGUCGCGGAGGUAGAAUCGAAGUUGCACGGUUUCAGUGGGGUUGGCCUUUCAAUUUUGAUCAAAGCCAAAUGGAAAAAGUUACGGGGAAGUGCCGACACAAAUUAGAAGAUGGUGAGAUUUUAACAAAGGAUGAGAAUGAACAGUCUGAUCAAAUCAGCAAAUUGUGCAAUGCCAUAAUUCACCAUAUUCUCUCUUUCCUUCCUGUGAGAGAUGCAGCCAAGACGAGCAUCCUCUCAAAAAGGUGGAGGAAAUUAUUUCACUCAAUGCCUAUUCUGGAUUUUGACCAGAAAACUGGAGGAGCUUUGAUGACUCACCCUAAUCGUGCAUUAGUCGACUUCAUGAGUGCAUCAAUAUUUUUCCGUGAACACGCACCCAUAAAUUUGUUGCGGAUAUCACUUGAUUACAGCUCUUCCUUUUAUUUUCCUAUCCGACAAUGGAUUCACAUAUCAAUGAAGUUUAAUGUUCUGGAGAUGUAUCUUGAUUUCUCGGGUGGAGAUUCCUUCCUCCAAUAUCGCACUCUCUAUGUUAGUGACAAGUUGCAGGCUUAUUACUGUGCUGAUGAUAAUCAAGUUCGUUGGGAUUAUGAUUCAAACACUGAUGAAUCAGAUUCCGCUGAAGAAUCAGACUCGGAAAGCGAUGAAUCGAGCAGUAGUGAUUCAGAUGAUGAAUCCCAAAACUCCCGAUUUAUUAUUCUUCCAGCUUUGUUCAACUCUGGAUCUCUUCGAGUUUUGAAGCUGGCAAAAUGUAAUAUACCCGAUGCAGAUUCUAUGGCUCUUGGGAAUCUGAUUUGUCUUGUGCUCAGAGAUGUUGAUAUCUCUGAGAAAAUGCUCCACCAAAUGCUCUCCAGCUGCUGUAUGCUUGAGAAUUUGGAACUUAGAUUAAUUCCUGAAUUGAAAAAGCUUGAAUUUUCUGCACCCAAACUACUAAGCAUGACGUUGGAAUGUUGCCACUCCCUGAAGAAAGUGAGCAUCGAUGCACAAGGACUUCAAUAUUUCAAGUUUGGGUUGAGUAAUACAACGAAAGAUCUUUCCUUGCAAGUUCCUUCCUUGGUUAAAGCUGAAAUAGGUUUAUGCCACAACAUCAAUUGUAAUGUGAGACAUCGGGCUGACCGUCUCGUGAAUCUUCUCAAGGAUCUCAGUCAUGUUAAGGAUCUGAGUUUGUAUAGUAAAUUCCUAAAUGAUAUGAGCAUUCCGAAGAGUCAAAUGAAAAACUUCACCAUGCCAACAGUUAGGCGAUUUAAGAUUAUUGGGAAGAUGAGAAACGAUACCAUCUCAGCAAUGUUUGGUUUAGUCAAGGCUUUUGAUAAUUUGGAGUCCCUUCAUCUGUUCAUUGUUCACCCCAGUGAAUCAGAUGAUGUCCAUCUUGAAGAAAAGCAACUAAGGAAAUUGAAGAGUACUUCCAUAAGUUGUUUGGAGUCUCGUCUGAAAGAGCUGAAGGUAGAAGGAUUUGAAGGGACUGAUAUUGAGAUCAAGCUGAUAAAAUUUCUGGUGGACUAUUGUAAAGUCUUGGCGAAGGUUGACAUCGAGACGUACACUCCAUCGUUCUUGACCCAUGGAGAAAUUAAAGCAAAUUUGUUGAACCAGUGGAGCUCGAAAGAUCUAGAAGUGAACUAUAAUUGAUCAGGAGUUUUUUGAAGUGAGCUUGGAGAGCCCCUUUUUAUUGUGCAAUGACUUGCAUUUACGCUAUUUUACUAGGUAUAUGUGUGAGGAGUUCAUAAUGUUCAAACCUAUUGUUGUUUGUGCUUUUGAUCUUAAUAUGGAAUAACUGACUGAAAGUAGGGAAAAUAAGCAUGGUUAUCAAUAAAGAAAAUCGUCCUUUAUUCUGCAUUGA